AUGUCUUCUGGCUUCACCGAUGUCGCACAGAUGAACGCCGCCUUAGCGUUUUGCAGGGCAUUGACCGACGGCGUCGUAGAUCGCAUCGCCGGGCUGACGUCGGAUAGUCCGGAUUUCUUUCACGAAUACGCGCCAAAGUCGUUGGGAAAGCUCGCAGAGGCACCACGAUGUAAAAAAGAGAUGCUUGAGCACUUCCGUAUCGUAUUCAGCCAAGUUGUUCAGCAGAUCGAGUUGCCACCGAAACAGAUCGUUCAGGGACCCGACAGCAUCGUCUUCCUGGUUUCGGACUCGGGCUUGAAACGGGACGGGAGCCCUUACCAUGUCGAGUACAUUCUGACUUUCCGAUUCGAGCCCGGCUCGGAUAAGAUUCUUGGCAUCACGGAGUUCCAAGAUUCUGCAUAUUUCCGCGAACAUUUCGCUGAACUAGCAUACCAGCGAUGA